AUGGCUCAAGAGUUUGAUGACAAAUUUAUGAGUUUAUUCGAGAAAUCCUUUUCACCCGAAAACAUUAAGGAACAAUUAGCCACAUUUACACUUCCAAAGUCGUGGUGUACAAACAAUUUAGUAGAGAAACGAAAGUUGCUAGCUGUAUCUAGAAUAUUGGAUAUUGAGUUUUCCGAUGAAGUUGAUGUAUGUCUUUCAGCUGCUAAAGAACAUGUAUUCAUCAUUAAAGAGUUUAGAAAUGAAAUUGAUAAAUUGGUUGAUAAUAUUGUGAUGGGGGAAGAAGUUGGAAAUGGUAUAACUUCAACAACAAUAACAUUGUUGGAUAGAUUCGAUUUACCAAUAUCUCCAGAAACAGUAUUGCAAUUAAUUUCAUGUUUCACUAAUCCAAAAUCUAAUACAUUAAAGAGUGUUGAUAACAAGUUUACAAAAUUAUUACAACUAACAAGCUUAUUUAAUUUUAAACGAAACGAAAAUAGAGCUAAGUUUAUUGAUUUUGAAUUAUCAAAGAGCUUUUUAACUGUAACUGAUGAUUUGGCAUAUGAUGUUCAUGAUGAGUUAUUACAAUCAACUAGUGGUACAUAUUUCUAUAAUCCACCUGAAAAAGGAAAAGGUCAAGAUCAUUGUAUUCAUCCAAAAUCUGAUAUUUAUUCAUUGGGAAAGGUUUUUAUGGAGAUUUUAUUGGGAAGGUUACUUGAAAAACAUGCACUAUUAUCAAAAAUAACAAAUCCCAGAGUUAAAGAAGAGUAUUUUGAUAUUGUUCACAUCAAAUUACAUGAAUUGAUAAAAGAGAUGAUUAAAAUUGAAAGAAAAAGUAGACCAUCUGCAGAACAAUGCCUGCAAAUAAUUGGAUUGAACCCAAGUAUUGACACAUUUGAUUAUGAUCAAAUCUUUAAUUCUACCAGUACUCUCACAGACGAAAAUGACAAAACCAAGCGAAAGUCCGAGAAGGAGAAUGAAAAUCCAUAUAAAAAACAAAAACAUUGA